GAAGGAAGAGAGAGACAGACAGACAGAGAAAAAGAUGGCAGUAAUUAAUCAUCAGAGCAAGAAAAUGGUGGUGAUUCUGCUGCUGGUGCUUGUUCUGUUCACGACGGUGCAGCCAACAGAGUCUCGUCGCCUUCUCCAAACCGGUCGGGGAUCUCCUCCUCCGCCGCCGCCGCCCAGUCUAGCCUCUCCGCCACCACCACCAUCUACGAGACCGCCGACCCCGCCACCUCCGCUGUAUCAGGCUCGCCCUAGCGUGUCAGCGCCUGGAAGUAAAGGGUGAAAGGAGAAUAUCUGGGAAGAAGAAGAAGCACUAAUUAUAUUUGGUUUUUUUUAUUUGAUUUGUUUAUGGGUCCGUCCGUGCAUGGCAAGCCCUUUAUUCCUU